ACUAUCGUGAAGCUCCUUCUCGAUGCGGGAAAGGUCGACGUCAAUGCUAGAGAUAUGAAGUAUAGUAAGACACCGCUCUCGUGGGCCGCUGAGCGAGGGCAUGAGGCUAUCGUCAAGCUGCUUCUCGAUACAGGCAAAGUCGACGUCGAUACUCAAGAUCACAAUUGCCAUACACCACUCUCAUUAGCCGCCAGGCAAGGCAAUGAGGCCAUCGUCAAGCUGCUUCUCGAUACGGGAAAAGUUGACGUCGAUGCUCAAGAUCGGCAUGGUCGGACACCGCUCUCGUUGGCCGCCGAGAAAGGGCAUAAGGUUAUCGUCAAGCUACUUCUCAAACAGGGG